UCCAUUGUUACCAAAAAAAAAAAAAAAAAAAUUCGGCCAAGUUGAAGUUCUACAUACGUUAGGAGUUCGGACUCUCAUAACCGACACUCACCGACCAGGUAGUGUAUAUAUAACAAUGAGAGAAGCAUAGUUCUUUGGAGAGAGAGAACCAAAGGUAUAUAACUGGGGGUUGCUUGUUUACCAAGGCAGAAGCAGAGGAGGCGGUGAGGGUUUCUGAAAGACCGUAAGCAAGGCAUCCACUGCGGUUUUCACAGUCUCAGCGGCAGCCCCGAGUUUUCUCAGAUACGAAUAACAAAAUGGCGGAUUCGGAGGAAAACCCGGAAAUUACUGAAAAAGACUUCAAGAGGAAGAAGAAUAAAGAAGACAAGGCAAGGGAGAAAGAAUUGAAAAGGCAAAAGGCUUUAGAGAAAGCUGCCAAACUGCAGGCGCAACAAGCAUCAAAUAAUCAAAAAAAGAGUGAAAAGAAAAUGGUAAAGCGCGGGGUGAAGGAAGAGAAUCCUGAGGAGUUUCUUGACCCUCCAACACCUUUCGGCGAGAAGAAAAGAAUUUCUAGUCAAAUGGCAAAGCAGUAUAGUCCUACUGCAGUUGAGAAAUCGUGGUAUGCAUGGUGGGAGAAAUCUGGGUUCUUUGUUGCAGAUGCGAAGAGCUCCAAACCCCCAUUUGUUAUUGUCUUGCCACCUCCAAAUGUGACCGGUGCCCUCCAUAUAGGCCAUGCCCUUACUGUUGCUAUAGAGGAUACGAUUGUUCGCUGGCGGAGAAUGUCAGGAUACAAUACCUUGUGGGUUCCUGGUAUGGACCAUGCUGGGAUUGCAACACAGGUGGUUGUGGAAAAGAAGAUAAUGCGCGAAAGAAAAUUAACCAGGCAUGAUCUUGGUCGAGAGAAAUUUGUAUCUGAAGUUUGGGAUUGGAAAAACAAGUAUGGUGGCACCAUUUUACAACAGUUACGUGGCUUGGGUGCCUCUUUAGAUUGGUCUCGUGAGUGCUUCACAAUGGAUGAGAAAAGCUCAAGAGCUGUGACAGAGGCUUUUGUUAGACUUCACGAGAAAGGGCUUAUUAAAAGAGAUGAACGUCUAGUGAAUUGGGAUUGUGUGUUACGGACUGCCAUAUCUGAUAUUGAGGUGGAACAUAUUGAAAUCAAAGAAAGGACUUUACUAAACGUUCCAGGAUAUGAGAAACCUGUGGAAUUUGGUGUUUUGACUUCAUUUGCUUACCCUUUGGAAGGAGAGCUUGGUGAGAUUGUUGUGGCUACUACUAGGGUGGAAACUAUGCUUGGAGAUACUGCUAUAGCUAUACAUCCUGAUGAUCCAAGGUACAAUCAUCUUCAUGGAAAAUAUGCCAUUCAUCCCUUCAAUGGAAGAAAGCUUCCUAUAGUUUGUGAUGCGACUCUUGUUGAUCCGAAGUUUGGGUCAGGCGCUGUUAAGAUUACCCCGGCUCAUGACCGGAAUGAUUUUGAGGUUCAUAGGGAUCAUGAUCUUGAGUCAAUCAACAUUUUUACUGAUGACGGGAAAGUAAACAGCAAUGGUGGCUUGGAGUUUGCAGGGAUGCCACGAUUUAAAGCUCGAGAGGCAGUUAUUGAAGCAUUACAAAAGAAGGGUCUUUAUCGAGGUGCUAAAGGUAAUGAGAUGCGUCUAGGCAUAUGUUCAAGAACCAAUGAUGUUGUGGAGCCACUUUCGAAGCCCCAGUGGUAUGUUGACUGCAGUAAAAUGGCAAAGAAAGGCCUUGAUGCUGUCAUGGAUGAAGAAAAGAAGAAGAAAGGCCUUGAUGCUGACAUGGAUGAAGAAAAGAAGAAGAAAGGCCAUGAUGCUGUCAUGGAUGAAGAAAAGAAGAAGAAAGGCCUUGAUGCUAUCAUGGAUGAAGAAAAGAAGAAGAUUGAGAUCAUCCCAAAACAGUAUGCUGCUGACUGGAAGAGAUGGCUUGAAAACAUUCGUGACUGGUGUGUCUCGAGGCAACUUUGGUGGGGCCACCGUGUUCCUGCAUGGUAUGUCACUCUGGAGGAUGAUGAGCUGAAGGAAAUUAAUUCUUACAAAGACCAUUGGGUGGUUGCAAGAAAUGAGGACGAUGCUCAGGAGGAGGCUAGCCGAUUAUAUAAUGGGAAGAAGUUUCAUUUAAGUCAAGAUCCUGACGUGCUUGAUACUUGGUUUUCUUCUGGUCUCUUUCCAUUAGCUGUUUUGGGCUGGCCUGAUAAUACGGAAGAUCUAAAGGUGUUUUAUCCAACUUCAGUUUUGGAAACUGGCCAUGAUAUUCUCUUUUUUUGGGUUGCUCGCAUGGUAAUGCUAGGAAUGGAGUUGGGUGGUGAUGUACCUUUUAGAAAGGUUUAUUUGCAUCCCAUGAUUCGUGAUGCACAUGGGCGCAAGAUGUCUAAGUCCUUGGGAAAUGUCAUUGAUCCGCUUGAAGUAAUAAAUGGGAUAUCCUUGGAAGGUCUUCAUAAGAGGCUAGAGGAGGGUAACUUAGAUCCCAAGGAACUGACUGUUGCUAAGGAGGGACAGGUGAAAGACUUUCCUAAUGGUAUUCCUGAAUGUGGUGCAGAUGCUCUUCGCUUCGCACUUAUAUCUUACACAGCUCAGUCUGAUAAAAUAAAUCUGGAUAUUCAAAGAGUGGUGGGGUAUCGUCAGUGGUGUAAUAAAUUGUGGAAUGCUGUACGAUUUUCUAUGAGCAAGCUUGGGGAUGAUUAUGUUCCGCCCACAAAUGUAAAUCCAGAUGACUUGCCAUUUAGCUGUCAAUGGAUACUCUCAUUAUUAAACAGAGCCAUACUCAAAACUAUUGCAGCUUUGGAAUCGUAUAAAUUCUCAGAUGCAGCAAGUACUGUGUAUUCAUGGUGGCAAUACCAACUGUGUGAUGUUUUUAUUGAAGCAAUUAAGCCUUUCUUUGCUGGGAGUGAUCCAAAGUUUGAGAUUGCCAGGAGGUUUGCUCAAGACACACUUUGGUUAUGUCUUGACAAUGGGCUGCGAUUGCUUCAUCCUUUUAUGCCGUAUGUUACGGAAGAAUUAUGGCAGCGCCUUCCUUCAUCAAGGGACCAGACAGCAAUGGAAUCAAUUAUGAUAUGCAAGUACCCAUCAAUUGUAGAGUGCUGGACAAAUGAAAGGGUGGAGUAUGAGAUGGAUCUUGUAGAUUCCACAGUGAAAUCUCUCAGGUCACUUGCAAAUGAAAGACGAGAAAGGCGACCUGCUUUUGUGCUUUGCAGAAUUCAUGCAUUUGCAGAGAUUAUUAGCAGCCAUGAACUUGAAAUUAUUACUCUUGCCAAUUUAUCAUCUUUGAGGGUAAUCAGUGAGAAUGGUGCGACUCCAGCUGGAUGUGCAGAAUCUUUUGUAAAUGAAAACCUUUCUGUUUAUCUUGAGCUUCAAGGAUGAGAUUCAAAGGCAACAUGACAGGCUGUCCAAGGUCAUGAGUGGUUUUGCCUACAAAGAAAAGGUUCCUUCACAUUUAACAGGAGAAUGUUAGAGUCUCCCUCAUAUUGUUUCUUGAAGUAGGCCAGCAUAUUGAAGCUCAAGCAACAGACAUGAUUAACUUUAGUAGGUGUUCUAGAUCUCCACAACCGCAGAGUGUCCUCUUUUUGUUCAAUUUAAGGAAAUUGAGGCAAUUAAAAAACAAAAGUAUCUGGUUCAAAAGAUUGUAUUUUUGAAUAUUUGAUACCAGCCUUGUUAUCAUGCUGAAGGUGUCAUUAUUUUUAAUGUUUUGUUUAUAGAAUCUUUAUUAGUAAGGAAGAAUGAUGUUGAAUGAAGCAACACAGAUUACUACCUCGA